AUGGUGUCCACUUUCAGCAUCCCAAAUGACUACCCCCUUUCCUUUCUCACAGCUUCACAUUCUCCUUUCACCCUCCUCUCUAUACUUUCUCAACUUUCUUUUUCUUCGUCCUCUCUUUCUCCCGCUUCUCAUCCUUCUUUCUGUUUCUUCUCUCUGUGUGUAAUAUAUUAUCUCAUUUCUCUCUCUCUCUCUUUCUUUCAUUCCUCUCUAUUUUCACCCUCUCGCUGUCUUUUCUUCCCUCUCUCUCUCUUACUCCUCUCUCUGUUUGCAUACUCUCUCUCUUUUCAUUCUCCCUCUUUUCUUCUCUUCUUUAUUAUUCUCUUUCUUUUCUUCUCUCUCUUUUCUUUCUCUCUCUUUUCUCUCUCUCUCUUUUCAUUCACCCUCUCUUUUCUUCUCUUCUUUUUUAUUCUCUUUCUUUUCUUCUCUCUAGUUUCUUUCUCUCUCUUUUCUUCCUCUCUAUAUCCUUCUCUCUCUUUUCAUUCUCCCCUGUUUUCUUCCCUUCUUUUUUCUUCUCUUUCUUUUCUUCUCUCUCUUUUCUUCCUCUCUAUCUCCCCCUCUCUCUCUUUUCAUUCAUCCCCUCUUUUCUUCCCUUCUUUUUUCUUCUCUUUCUUUUCUUCUCUCUCUUUUCUUUCUCUCUCUUUUCUUCCUCUCUAUCUCCCUCACUCUCUUUUCAUUCUCUGCCUCUUCUUUCUUUCUCUUUUUCAUUCCCCCUCCCUUUUCUUCUUCUAUCUCGUUUCAUUCUUUCUUUUCUUCUCACUCUUUUCUUUCUCUCUCUUUUCUUCCUCUCUCUCUUUUCAUUCUCUCGCUUUUCUUCCUUUCACUGUUUUUUCAUUCUAUCUCUCUUUUCUUCCCCUGUCUAUCUUUUCUUCCUCUCUCUUUUCUUCCUCUCUCUCUUUUCAUUCUCUCUCUCUUUUCUUCUCUCUCUUUCAUAUGCGCUUCCUUUUCUUCGUUCAGUCUUCUCUCUCUACUCUUUGGCACUUUCUCAUUCUUCUUCCUCCCCCUCUACUUUCUUACAGUGUCUCUUUCUUUUGUCUCCCUUCUUCUUUCAACCUUCUCAUUCUUCUACUCCUUCUAUUCGGUAUUAGUUUUUCUUCUAUCCCUCUUCUUCUACCAUGCUCAUCAUCCUUCUUUCUCCCACCUACCCCGUCUCUCUUGCUCUCUCUCUCUCUCUCUCUAUUCUUUAAUAGUUUUUCUUCUAUUUUCCUUCGUCCUCUCUAUUUUUGUUUAAGCUUCUCAUCCUUUUUCUCCUUCUCCUCGCUAAUUUCUUAUUCUUCUAUCCCCAUUCUCCCUCCCUCAUUCUCGAGCUUCGCAUUCUUCUUUCGAACUCUCCUCUCUACUCCCUCAUGCCUUUCAUUCUUCUUCCACUUCUCCUUCUUACUCAAGCUUUUGAUUUUUUCCGUCCUUCCCCAGUCUCUUUUAAGUAGAAUUAAUCUUCCUUUCCAUCCCAUUGUCUGUUCUUUUGUUUCCUUGUCUUUUUCUUUCAUUUUUCUCUUUAGUCUUUCAUUUGUUUUUUCCUUCCUUCCUUCCUUCCUUCCUUCCUUCCUUCCUUCCUUCCGUCCUUCCUUCCUUCCUUCCCUACCUUCCUUCCUAUCUUACUUACCUUCCUUCCUUACCUACCUUCCUUCCUAUCUUCCUUACCUUCCUUCCUUACCUACCUUCCUUCCUAUCUUCCUUACCUUCCUUCCUUACCUACCUUCCUUACCUUCCUUCCUUACCUUCCUUCCUUCCUAUCUUCCUUACCUCCCUUCCUUACCUACCUUCCUUCCUUACCUUCCUUCCUAUCUUCCAUACCUCCCUUCCUUACCUCCCUUCCUUCCUUCCUAUCUUCCAUACCUCCCUUCCUUACCUACCUUCCUUCCUUACCUUCCUUACCUUUCUUCCUUCCUUCCAUCCUUUCUCACCUUCCUUCCUUCCUUCCUUCCUUCCUUCCUUCCUUCCUUCCUUCCUACCUUCCUUACCUUCCUUUCUUACCUCCCUUCCUUAUCUACCUUCCUUCCUUCCUUACCUUCCUACCUUUCUUACCUUUCUUUCUUCCUUUCUUCCUUACCUUCCCUUCCUUCCUUCCUUCCUUCCUUCCUUCCUUCCUUCCUUCCUUCCUUCCUUCCUUCCCUAAUUUCCUUUCCUUUCUUCCUUACCUUCCUUACGUUCCUUCCUUCCUUCCUUCCUUCGUUCCUUACCUUUCUUCCUUACCUUCCUUACCUUCCCUUCCUUCCUUCCUUCCUUCCUUCCUUCCUUCCUUCCUUCCUUCCUUCCUUCCUUCCUUCCUUCCUUCCUUCCUUCCUUCCUUCCUUCCUUCCUUCCUUCCUUCCUUCUAUUUUAUCGUAUUUACUGACCUUACCUUAUUCGAAUUCUAGUUCAGAUCGCAUAUGUGAGCUAUCCAAGAAUAAUCGACGGAUCUGCAUGGUUGGCUUGCUAACCAUUUUAUCGAGUGGAGUCAGACAUUUCCAUAUUUCUGCUUAUUUUUUUUAUCAACACUACUGA